AUGGCUGCCGCUCGCGAUGAUAUGCGAAGCUCGAUGGACGUCGACACCAACGAUCCCCGCCUUGGUUCCCCUUCUGCCACUAACGGUGUGAAUGGUACUCACACGGAGAAGAGUCCGACCCCGCCCCCUCACCGGUCCAAUGGGAACACCGCUGAGGCCGACUCCUUCAAGCUGGCUGGAAACAAGUUUUUCAAGGAUGGCAACUAUGCCCGCGCCAUUGAGGAAUUCAACAAGGCUCUCGAGAUUAGCCCCAACUCGUCCGUCUACCUGUCCAACCGGGCUGCAGCAUACAUGGCGGUCAACCAAUACCUGGCUGCUCUGGAGGACUGCGAACGGGCCCGCGAGCUCGACCCCACCAACACUAAGAUCAUGUACCGCUUGGCCCGUAUCCUGACCGCUUUGGGCCGCCCGACGGAUGCCCUUGAUGUGCUGUCUCAGAUUGAGCCCCCGGCCUCCGCUACUGACCGUGCGGCCGCAGAGAAGAUGCUCCGCUUUGUCAGCCAGGCGGAGGAGGCUCUCUCGCAGGACCGUGGUGUCUCCAUGGUGCUGUUCUGCCUCGACCAGGCCCGCCAGCUCCUCGGACAAGGUGUCAAGGAGCCCCGCAAGUGGACACUGAUGACUGCAGAGGCUCAGUUGAAGAUGGGCAACGACAACUCGUACGGCAAGGCACAGGACAUUGCUAUUAGCAUGCUCCGGGUGAACAGCCAGGACCCUGAUGCGCUGAUGAUCCGCGCCCGGGCUUUCUAUGGUAUGGGUGACACGGACCAGGCGCUGAAGCUGCUGAAGAUGUGCCUGGGUCUGGAUCCGGAUAUGAAGGCGGCGAUCAAGCUGCUGCGUACCGUGCAGAAGCUGGUGCGUACCAAGGAAGAGGGUAACACGGCAUUCAAGGCUAGGGACUACCGUCGCGCCAUCGACCUGUGGGGUGAGGCGUUGACAGUCGACCCGAAGAACAAGGACCAGAACGCCAAGAUUCUGCAGAACCGGGCGCAGGCCUACAUCAACCUGAAGGAGUACGACAACGCAGUGGCAGACUGCAACGAGGCCCUGCGGCUGGACCCCGGGUACCUCAAGGCGCAGAAGAUGCGCGCCAAGGCGCACGGCGGUGCCGGCAACUGGGAAGAAGCUGUGCGUGACUACAAGGCGGUGGCAGAGUCGAACCCGACCGAGAAGGGCAUCCAAGAGGAGAUCCGAAAGGCCGAGUUUGAGCUGAAGAAGGCGCAGCGCAAGGAUUACUACAAGAUCCUCGGUGUGUCCAAGGACGCGGGCGAACAAGAAAUUAAGAAGGCGUACCGCAAGAUGGCGAUCCAGUACCACCCGGACAAGAACCGGGACGGUGAUGCUGGUGACGAGAAGUUCAAGGAGAUUGGUGAGGCGUACGAGACUUUGAGUGAUCCUCAGAAACGUGCUGCCUACGACAACGGCGACGACCUGAUGGACCCAGCUGACAUGUUCUCGCACGGCGGCUUCGGCGGCAUGGGAGGCAUGGGCGGCAUGGGCGGUAUGGGAGGAAUGGGAGGCAUGGGUGGUAUGGGAGGAACCCAUAUCAACAUCGAUCCCAGCGUGCUGUUCAACAUGAUGAACGGCGGCGGCGGCGGCUUUGCGCACGCAGGAGGACAGCGCGGAGGAUUCCCCGGCGGAUUUCCCUUUUAG